AUGCCUGCGGCUCAGCUGUUUUCAAAUCACCAGGGAAGCAGCACAACUGCAGAAAAGAAGUGGUAUAAAUUGUGCAAAGUGAAGAGGGUGCAGACUGGUCCUAAAGGUAUCCCAUUCUUGGUGACCCAUGAUGGACGUACCAUCAGGUACCCAGACCCUGUUAUAAAAGUUAAUGACACAGUUCAGCUGGAUAUUGCUUCAGGAAAAAUAAUGGACUUCAUAAAAUUUGACUCAGGAAAUCUGUGCAUGAUCACUGGAGGCCGUAACUUGGGUCGAGUUGGGACUGUUGUGAACAGGGAACGACAUCCAGGAUCCUUUGACAUUGUGCAUAUAAAGGACGCCAAUGGUCACACUUUCGCUACAAGGUUGAAUAAUGUAUUCAUCAUUGGAAAGGCAACCAAGCCAUAUGUCUCAUUGCCUAGAGGCAAGGGAGUGAAACUGAGUAUUGCAGAAGAACGUGAUAAGAGACUAGCUGCAAAGGCAGCAUCUGGAUAA